UACAAAGUUUCCAUCUUUGUCCCGUUUGGGUUUUUUUUCCCUUUCACUUUGAUAGUAGGUGUAUUCCCUCAUUCAAACCCUUUAUGGGUAGUGGUGAUACUGGUUAAAGGAGUCUGUGCUCCACGAUCACACAUAGUCGCUGGAGUGCCGCGCGCUCAAACCCAGAGUUUCCACCGUCGCUCGAACCCUUUCAUCUCACCGACGGAAGUCUUGGCUCGAUCACGUGAGCAUUCCCAGGCUUGUGGAGGGAGCAGUUAACCGGCUGGUUAUUCAGAGUCUCGACUGCGUCACGUGAAGUAUAAAAGCUGCUUGCUCAACCAAGUUCAUUCACUCACAGAUUUCAGCUGGCGUGGGAACAAUUAAAAAGUGCAGCACACUAAAAAGCACUGGAAUGUACAUGACCGGAUUGUGCCUUCUUUUAUCCCUGGGUGUCCUGGCAUGUGAAGGAGCCGACCCUUGUUGCUCCCAGCCAUGCCAGAACCGUGGUGUGUGUACCGCUCUUGGUCAAGACUCUUACGAGUGUGACUGCACACGGACCGGAUAUUACGGGCGAAACUGUACAACUCCUGAAUUCCUCACAUGGCUGAAAGUGACGCUGAAACCAUCACCGAACACGGUGCACUACAUCCUCACGCAUUUCCGCGCUUUCUGGAACAUCAUCAACAACAUUCCGUUCCUGCGAGAUGCUGUCAUGCGUUAUGUUUUGACGUCACGCUCCCAUUUAAUUGAAAGUCCCCCAACCUUCAACGCUGACUAUGGUUACAAGAGCUGGGAAGCCUAUUCCAAUCUGUCCUACUUCACACGGACGUUGCCUCCUGUUCCCGAGGAUUGCCCAACGCCUAUGGGAGUUGCAGGUAGAAAAGAGCUGCCUGAUGUGAAGACGGUGGUGGAGAAGUUCCUGGUCAGGAGGAAGUUCAUCCCUGACCCACAGGGCACCAAUCUCAUGUUCGCCUUCUUUGCUCAGCACUUCACACACCAGUUCUUCAAAACUGACAUGAAGCGAGGCCCGGCCUUCACUAUGGCCAAGAACCAUGGGGUUGAUCUGAACCACAUUUACGGCGAGGACCUCGAACGUCAGCAUAAGCUCCGGCUAUUUAAGGACGGCAAGCUAAAAUAUAAGGUUCUGGAUGGCGAGGUUUAUCCUCCGCUAGUCAGUGAAGUUCAGGUGGAUAUGCACUAUCCAGCUCAUGUGCCUGAGCCUCAACGCUUCGCUGUAGGCCACGAAGCUUUCGGUCUGGUCCCAGGCCUCAUGAUGUACGCUACUAUCUGGCUUCGGGAACACAACCGUGUGUGUGACGUUCUUAAGCAGGUGCACCCAGAUUGGGACGACGAGAGGCUCUUUCAGACCACAAGACUCAUCUUGAUUGGUGAAACCAUCAAGAUUGUCAUUGAGGAAUACGUGCAGCACCUGAGCGCCUACCACUUUAAGCUUAAAUUUGAUCCAGAGCUCCUGUUUAACCAUCGUUUCCAGUACCAGAACCGGAUCUCGUCCGAGUUUAACACCCUUUACCACUGGCACCCGCUCAUGCCCGAUGACUUCCAUAUCCAAGAUCAAGUCUACAGCUACAAGCAGUUCCUCUUCAACACCUCGAUCAUGACGGACCACGGCAUAAGCAACCUGGCCAAUUCGUUCUCCAAGCAGAUCGCAGGCAGGUUUGCCGGUGGUCACAACGUCCCGCCUGCGCUGACGAUGGUGUCGGCGAAAUCGAUCGAGAACAGCAGACGGAUGCGCUACCAGUCUUUCAAUGCUUACAGGAAACGCUUCAACAUGAAGCCGUACGCGUCGUUCGAAGAGAUGACAGGUGAUAAGGAGAUGGCAGCGGAGCUGGAGGAGCUGUAUGGAGAUGUUGAUGCUAUGGAGCUGUACACCGGUCUUCUCGUUGAAAAGCCACGGCCCAACGCCAUCUUUGGAGAGACCAUGGUGGAGAUGGGUGCCCCUUACUCACUGAAAGGCCUCAUGGGAAACCCCAUCUGCUCGCCCGAGUACUGGAAGCCCAGCACGUUUGGCGGCGAAGUCGGCUUUGACAUCAUCAACACGGCCUCGCUGCAGAAACUGGUAUGCAAUAACGUCAACGGGCCUUGUCCUGUCGUGUCUUUUCACGUGCCCGACGUAAAGGACACGGCGCUGACGACAAUCAACGCGAGCACGGCACACUCGGGCACGAACGACGUCAACCCGACAAUUCUACUCAAAGAGCGGACCGCCGAGCUCUGAAAAACCUCGGCUGUGAUCGAUCCUUCACAGGAAUCAGUCGAAAAAAUGGAACUCUUAUAGCCUUUAUUUAUUUAUUUAUUUAUGUAUUGUAUAUUUAUUUUAUUUAUUUCAUUUUAAUAGGAUCUAUUUUAUUGUAUAAAGAUUUGUAAAAUCUACACACAGGAUAUUUCUAUUGCAGAAUCAGAAGCGUGCUUUAUUCAGCUGUAGUGUAGUGUAUAUAGAAGGAUUUUGACUUGAGCUCUCGUUGUGCUUUUAGGCGAUAAAA